GUUUCGACAACCAUAGACAGGAUACCUUAUCGCUACAAUGUCGCUCGAACGUGUUGAUUCUAUAGACCCUGCUGAGGUUUAUGAUUAUAUCAUCUGCGGUGGUGGAACAUCUGGCUGUGUGAUCGCGGGCCGCCUCGCUGAGGACAUCGAUGCCAAAAUCCUCGUUCUAGAAGCUGGACCCGACAAUGCGGAUCUGGAGAACGUGCACAUGGCGGGAGGAUGGAGCAAAAACUUCGAUAGCGAGACGGACUGGAACAUUGUUACCGAGCCGAUGAACAGUGUAGGCAACAGACAGGUCAAAGUCAGUCGCGGUCGGUUCCUCGGCGGGUCCAGUGGUGUCAACGGGACACUGUGUAUUCGCGGUACAAAGCAGGACUACGAUGACUGGGGGAUGAAGGAGUGGACUGGUGACCAGAUGUUUGGAUACAUGGCGAAGGCGGAGACAAUGCACGAAAAAGACUGGUACAAAGCCGACAUGUCUGUCCACGGUACCUCUGGUCCUCUACACAUCGAGCCGCACGACCUCGCACCAAUCUCCGAGCGUAUCAAGGAGAGCAUGAUAGACAUUGGACUACCCUACCAUCCCGACAUGUUUUCGACUGGCGAGACACCCCAUGGAUGCGGUGACGUGCUGCGCACAGUGCAUCAAGGUAUCCGAACCACAGCGGCAGACUUUGUCACCAAAGGAUAUAAAAGAGCAAACAUCACCAUCAAGACCGAAGUCGUCGUUGACAAGAUCCUCUUCUCCGAUGAGUCGGGCGAGCCCACUGCGACAGGAGUAGCCACCAUUUCGAAAGCUGGCAAGAAGAUCGAGUAUCAAGCAAAGAAAGAAAUCAUCGUCGCAGCCGGUGCCUAUUGUAGUCCAACGAUCCUGAUGCGCUCGGGCCUCGGACCGAAGGAACAGCUCGAGAAACACGGUAUCGAAUGCAGAGUCGACCUGCCUGGUGUUGGUCAAAAACUGCAAGAUCACUGCCUCGUCUUCAUCUUCUACGAAGUCUCCGAACCGCGCCUAACAAACGACUACCUUGCCUACCACGACAACGCCAUCGCGUCAACCUACCAGCUCUACAAAGAGAAGAAAACCGGCCUGCUCAGCACCUUUCCCUUCGGUAUCUUCGGCUAUGCGCGCCUUGACGACCGUCUCCAAGACUCAGAGCUCUGGACUAAUGCAAAGAAAGAGGAGGGCCGCGAUCCAAUGGGCUUAAAGCCAAACCAGCCGAACAUGGAGUUCUGGAACACCGAGCUGUAUGGUGGGCCAAAACAGUACGAUGACUUCCCGAUUGAUGGGAAACACACAUUCGCCAUGUGCAACCUGCUUUUCAACCAGAAGAGCCGCGGGUCCGUAACAUUGAAGUCUGCUGAUCCGACAGACAACCCGGUAGUCGAUCACAACUACCUCGCCGACCCAUUGGACAUGCUGGUUAUGACGGAAGCGUGUCGGUUCGCGAAUGAGAUGGUUAUGAAUGGCAAGGGAACGAAGGAAGUAGUUAAGGGGAGUUGGCCGGCGAAUUUGACGCACCACAAAAACACGACCAGAGAGGAUUGGAUUCCGUAUGUUAAACAACACGCCACAACUUGUUACCACCCCAGCAGCACAUGCUCGAUGGGCCCGUCCUCCGACCCUAACGCCGUCCUCGACUCGCGCCUACGCGUGCGUGGGGUCCGCAGCCUGAGGGUCGCGGAUGUAAGCUCGAUUCCGAGGCUUAAUAAUGGACAUACGCAGAUGGUGGCGUAUGGAGUGGGUGAAGGGGCGGCGGAGAUGAUAAAGGAAGACGCGCUUGCAAAUCAGGCGGAGUUAUUGAAGCUGACAGCGUAGUUGGCGAGAG